AAGUGACAAACUGUAGUACAUCUGCCCUGAGGGAGAAGUAAAGGCCAGGACACCCUCUGGCUAGGCCUGAGGUCAGAAGGAGAGUGUUUCUUUCUCUGUCUCUCUUCUCCCUCCCUCUCUCUUUCUGAAUGGGGAGCUAAGAGUGAGGAGUUAGGAUGGGAGCCCAAGGAGAAGAUCUCUAUCCCAUUCUGCAGAUGGAGCCUGCAGGAACAGGGGACACUGACUGCCUUGUCUCCAAGGCCAUCUGGGGACAGGGAGCCAGGCUGGCAGCCCAUGCUCUAGAGGCUUCUUGCUUUUAGAAACGUGUCUUUGAUUUAGGGAAAGAAAGCCCUCUGAGAAAUUUUAUUUAGAAACAAGACCAGGUGACCUUUUGGGUUUUAUUACCUCUGCUCGUUUGUCACUAAGGACUUUUGACUUAGUACAAUAGCUGGGGUUUUUGAGAUUUUGUGAUCUUAGUUUCCCUGCGUGAAGAAGAACCAUUUGUCUGCUAUAGAUAUGAUUUAUGGGGGAGUCCAGAUUUAUUAAUCACCUAUGAAAAUGGAGAGGAAAUUAAAAACAAAGAGUCCACUCUGGGCUGAAGACAAAGUAGGUUUGUCAUCCUUGCAGAAGACUUUGCCAAGGUUAAAAGGCCACAAACAAACCAAUUUGGACCAUGGUUCCUAAUCCGGAUUUUAAUUUCAUGUGCUUUGAUUUUUUCAGGCCAUUUUCUCUCCAAGGUAAAAUAAUGACAAUUUUAAUUGGCUGCCACUUACAGAGAGAUUCCAAUAAGCAUGAUGGCAUACAUAUAUUUUUCUCUGGCAUUCCAUGUGUGCUCCGGUUCUUAUGAUCAAGCUGGUGAGGCUGACUUUUACUGCAUGCUGCAUGCCAUGAUCAGUUGACUAUAAAUUAAAUCCUCUUUUCCAAAAGCCAUUUUCCAUUAGUGCUAAUUUGUUUGCUUCUCAUUUCCACUGAUCAUUAGAGUCUCUGCUUGUGAGCACCAAAUUGGAAAUAAUUUCUUUGACAUUUCAAAAAAAAAUCUCCCCUUCUUGAAUGCCAUUUGGCUGUGCAGCUAAAGAACAUUAUGGUUUGCAGAGGAACAGUUCACUCCAAUUACAAUUUAACUGACCGUUCAUGGCACUGAAUCCCUGUCCUUAGUGUCCAGAGAUGACACCGUUGCUGACAUUGCUAUUUCCUGUCAUAGCUGUAAAAUGCCUCAUAGACUUUGCACAGGCCUUCUUGGAUGGAGAUUCUGCCACCCUGCACAUGGUAGCUUUGGGAAGUUGGUAGUUUUAUGGACCUACAUAUCAUGGACCCUCAGAUAUAACCAUCUAAAACAGGAGCAGGCUGAUUUCUUCACUCAUUCACCCAGCAAGCAUUUAUUAAACAUCUAUUUUGCGCCAGGCAUUAUGCUAGGCCCUGGGGACACAGAGAUAGGGAAGACCAACCCCUGCCCUUGAGGAACUCACACUCUACUGGGAUGGAUGGUUAGUUUUACAGCAUAGUAGGGGAAGAGGUGGCAUAGGUGGGACCACAGAACCAAGAGCCCCUAGUUGUCUUGGGGAAUUAGUCAAAGGGCAAAAAGGAGGCUGGCCAUUCCCCACGGCAGAGCAUUAUUGAAAUAAAGAGGGCCUGGAAGGGCCUGGGAAGUUGAAAGGUGAGAUGAGGUUAGCCCGGGGCCAAGUUUGAAGGGCCUUGUAUGCCACGUGUUGUUUAGAGAAAUUUGGGGGUGAAGAAUGGAGGCAGGGUAGAAGCUUGAAGGAAAGAUCAUCAAAAAAGCGUUAUUUACCUAUUGAUUUUGGCUAGUGAAGAUUGAGUAGGUGUUUACAAGGAGUCAGAAAUGGGGUGCCUGGGCGGCUCAGUCGGUUAAGCCUCUGAGUUCGGCCCAGGUCAUGAUCUCUCAGUUCGUGGGUUCAAUCCCAGCAUCGGGCUCUGUACUGACAGCUCAGAGCAUGGAGCCUGCUUCAGAUUCUGUGUCUCCCUCUCUCUCUGCCCCUCCCCUGCGUGUGCUCUAUCUCUCUCAGUCUCUCAAAAAUAAAUAAACGUUAAAAAUUUUUUUUAAAAAAGAGGAGUCAGAAAGAUGGAAAGAUUGAAGGUAGAAGGGCAGACUCUAGCACCCGUGGAAGGGCUAGGUGCUGACAUGGUAGGGUUGAGAAUGGACGGGAGAGAAGGGCCCUAUUUUCUCUGUUAAGUAGGAAGCAAGGUCAGCUGGGCAUCCUUGAUUCCUCCCCCACUUUUAUCCUUCAGUGCCAGUCACCAGGUCCUGUCGAUUCUACCUAUGUGUCAUUCCUGCUCCUCUCCAGCCCUACUGUCACCAGAAUCUUUUGCCAAGAUUAGGGGAACAGCCUCCUAACUGGUGCCCCAUGUCCAGUCUUGCCCCCUUACAAUCAUCUUUCCACACUGCAGUCAAGAGAUUUCUAGAACAAACUCUUUUCUUGUCACUCUUGACUUAAUACCCUUUAGUACCUUCAUGUGGCCCUAGGGAUCGAGGGCAGACCCUGUAGCACAGCACACACAGCUCUUCAUUCUCUGGCCUCUGCCUAUUUUCACAGUUUUAUCCCUCGCCACUUCCAUCCUCAUACUGUGGCCAGACAUUCUGAAAUGGUCUCAGCAAUGAAAAUAGGAGCUAAGUUUUAUGUUGGCCCUUUGAGGUAUCGUCACCUUUUCUCAGGUAAGAGAGCUGAAGCCUAGAGAGACGUUAAAUACUUUGCAUAAGGUCACACAGCCUGGAGGUGGGAGAUCAUGGCGCUCUAGUGUCUAUGUUCCUAACAACAGCCCUGUACUGCCUCCCACCUGGAAUUCUUUAAAUAUGCCUCACACUCUCUCACCUCUAAACCUUUGCAUAUUUUAUUUCCUCUACCUGAAAUACAAUUUCAUCACCUCUUCACCUGGCUGGCCAUCUAUCAUAGCCUUUCAGCCUGGAGUAGUACUGUAGAGUGCUUUUAAGAAGCUCUCCUGUGGAGCGCCUGGGUGGCUCGGUCAGUUGAGCGUCCAACUUCAGCUCAGGUCAUGACCUCACGGCUCAUGGGUUCGAGCCCCGUAUCGGGCUCUGUGUUGACAACUCAGAGCGUGGAGCCUGCUUCGGAUUCUGUGUCUCCCUCUCUCUCUCUCUCUGCCCUCCCCCGCCUGUGCUCUGUCUCUCAAAAAUAAACAUUAAAAAAAAAAAAGAAGAAGAAGCUCUUCUGUGAAGUAAGAAAACCAGAGAGGGGACUGGAGGGAGACAUGGGGUUGAGGUAGCGGGUUUUGUUUUCAUUUUUGCUUAAUUUUGUUUUAGGCUAGGCAAUAAUUAAGUUAACAAGAAAAAUGCCUAAAUAAAGAGUGCAGUUGAGGAUACAGGGGAGAAGGGGGCAGUGGGUGGAGUGAGGGCCUUAAGAAGGCAGGACAGAUGGAUGGAGAGUUCUGGGAGAGGGAGAAGGAAAAAAGGACAGGUGUGGGUACAGGUCAAAUGGGAAGAGUGAAGAAGACUGUGAGGACAUUCUUGCCUCAUGGCUUUUUGUUAACCCAGGAGUAGAUGUCCUGAGAACAGAUGGAGGAGGUGGGAGGGCAAGGAGCUUGCAGACGUCACAGGCGGCUCAUCGGUGAUCCACAGUUACUCACCUGGCUGUUAAGGCUGACAGGAUUUCGUGGUUGUCUCCAUCCCUGAGGCUACGUGGACGCCCUUCCUGAGAGCGCAUAUCCAGUGUCCUCUGGGGAGUAGUGGAGCCAACUUCAGGACUGACUGACCAUGACUUCUAUAAAGGAGCAGGCAGCCAUCAGCCGGCUCUUGAGUUUUUUACAGGAUUGGGACAAUGCUGGCAAAGUUGCAAGGAGUCACAUCCUCAACACUUUCAUCGAGACCAACCAAGGCAAGACCGCCCCUGAACUGGAGCAGGAGUUUUCUCAGGGAGCCAGCUUGUUCCUAGUACGCCUGACCACCUGGCUUAGACUCAUCUAUAUGACUGGCUCGUGUUUAGAUAAGCUUCUAAAGUCAAUUGGCAUCUUCUUGUCAGCUGUAAGCAGUAAUCAGUACCUUAUAGAAUUUCUCGAGGUUGGAGGCGUCCUAACACUCUUGGAAAUACUUGGGCUGGAGAAGAUCAAGGAGGAGGACAAGAAGGAAUCCAUCAGGCUACUUCAGGUCAUUGCGAACUCUGGCAGGAAGUACAAGGAGCUCAUUUGUGAAAGCUAUGGUGUAAGAUCCAUAGCAGAAUUUUUGGCAAAGUCUAAAUCAGAAGAGACCCAAGAAGAAGUGCAGAUUCUAUUGGAUUCUUUGGUCCACGGUAAUCCCAAGUACCAGAAUCAAGUGUACAAAGGUCUAAUAGCUUUGCUGCCUUGUGCGUCCCCAAAAGCUCAGCAGCUCUCCCUGCAGACUCUCAGGACUGCACAGUCGAUUGUUGGGACCACACACCCCAGCAUUGUGGACUGCGUGCUGAAGGUACUGCGCACGAUGCACCUGGAAGUGCAGUAUGAAGCCAUCGAGCUGAUCAAGGACCUGGUCAACUAUGACGUGUGUCAGGCGCUGCUCAAGGGCCUCGUGGCGCUGCUGAUACCAUCAGUCAAGGAGACCAGCAAACUGCAGCCCAAGAUCCUCAACGACUCCGCGGUUCUCCAGCUCACCGCCAACCUGCCGGUGUUCUUGCAGCAGGCCGCGGCGGCCAAGGCCAUCGGGGUCCUGGCGCGCAGCAACACGAGCAUCGCCGAGGAGAUGCUGCACCUGCGCGUGGUGCACAGCCUGAUGGCCGCCAUGGGCAACACGGACCACAGCAACAGCCAACGGCAGGCCAGCCUCACGCUGGAGUACUUCGUGCAGAUGUUCCCAGUGGUGGAGGAGCACGUGCGCAGGUCCAUGGGAGAGGAACUCUACGAGCUCUUCCUCAGCAAUGCCGAGGACUUGUACAUGAAAAUAGAUAGCAUUCAGGCGGACAUCUUGGCGGCCAACAAAGUCAAUGUUUCCAAAGCGUUAUCCAUCAGUGGCGUCUCCUACAGCAACAUGAGCUUUUACCUUGGCCCUUGUGGUGAGGAUCAACUGGCUUACACCACAUACUUCCAGAAGGAGGGUUCGGAAGGAAAGGAGUAACGGAGCCUCUGAGGCAACCCAGAAAGGCCAAGGCUGUGUUUUACCUGGCAGAAGGAGCCUAGGGUCAAGCUCAGGGUGACUCCCUCCGUUAGCCCUAGGUGGGAGGCUGGGGGGGGGGGGGGGGGGUUCAUGCCAGUAGGGGAGAGGAAGGGCUGCUGUCUGGGAAAUUUCAAUAAAUAGUCUUGCUGUC